UUUAUUGCGAACACAUUCCAUUUGGCAAUGCUAUGGCAUUGGGCUACUUUUUUCAAUUUUUGAUACAGUCAGACAAUAAUAAAGAUUAAUACGAGUAGCAGAUUAAACUAAUUAUUACGUGUGCGUGUGUGUAAAAUGGAAGAAAAAGAAAAUAUUCCUCCAGUUUUCCUGUACAAACGGUAGUAACGUUGUGGAACUGGAGGUAUCCCGAAGAGAACAAAAUCAAGAAUGAAAAGAAAGCUCUCACAGGAAUGCAGACAGCUGGAAAAAAAACGAAAGGAAUCGGACACAGAGGGAACACCUGUAUCUGAACAAGUCACUGCCACUGAGAUAUUGGCUUGUCCAGAGGAGAGACUUCUUUUUAAGACCAACACAAACUUGGAAGGGGGGUUUGACACAGUAAAGGGAUAUCUUUCAAGACCCACUGCACAGCCUCACAGAACAGAAGAGGGAUGAGACAUCUUCGAAUGCAAUAUCGUCCACUGACCAGAACUACCUCCUUCUUUUAGCUCUUAAAACUAAACAUCAGCUCACUAAUGAAGCCCUGGAAGACAUUUUAAAACUAUUAAAUCACAUUGGUGGUGAUGACACAGUACCAGUUACAAGUACCAGUACUAUUUUGAAAAGUACUUUUCAGACUGUAAAGGGAUAAUAGAUAUUUAUUUAAUCUGCGAAACAUGUGAAAUGCUUCUAGGGAACAAAGCUACUUCUGGAAAUUGUAGUUUUUGUGGGAAAAAAUGGGUGGCUAGUCACAACAUAAGCAAAGGGCAAUUUUUCUUCUAUAUGCCACUCAAAAGUCAAAUAAAAGCACUUCUAAAUGACAUUAGUGUACAGAAACAUUUGGAUUUUCUCAAAGAAAGAUCAACAACCGGCAAUUACAGUGACAUUCAGGAUGGAACUUUGUAUGAAAAAGUUUUAAACAGUUCUCCUUCCAACACUUUAUCAGUGAAUUUCGGAUGUGAUGGUGUUCCAGUCUUUAAGUCCUCCCACUAUAGUGUUUGGCCUGUAUUAUGUGUUCUGAAUGAACUUCCUCCAGUGGAAAGAUUGAAACAUGUGCUUAUGGCUUCUCUCUGGUUUGGUAGCAAAAACCCAGAUAUGAAUCUAUAUCUUCAGCCAUUUGUUAAUGAAUGUCAGGACUUAAUGCAGAGUGGGGUUGACUGGGAGAAUGCAGUAACGCAAGAGAAGAUCAAUUCUAAAGUUGUGUGCACUGUAGCUAUUUGUGACUCUGUUGCCAGACCACUUUUGCAGAAUAUGAUGCAGUUCAAUGGCCUACAUGGAUGUGGGUUUUGUACAGAUCCUGGUACAAAUGUACCAAAAGGCAGAGGGGUGACUAGGGCAUACCCUUACAAGAAAGAUUUUAUACUGAGGAGCAGUACUGAAACCAUAGAACAAGCAGAGCAUGCUUUUCAGAAUAAGAAAACUGUAUGUGGUGUGAAAGGAUCUAGUAUUCUUAUGUGUAUCCCUAACUUUGACAUUAUCAAUGGGUUUAUUCCUGACUACAUGCACUGUGCACUUCUGGGUGUUGCCAGACAAAUGAUGAGGUUGUGGGUGGAAUCAAAGUACCACAGAUACCCAUUUUAUCAUGGUACAUAGGUAGAGCGUAUAGAUUCCAGACUCCUUCCUAUUAAACCACCAUCAAAUAUAUCCCGCAUACCACGCUCAGUCACUCAGUACAAGUUUUGGAAAGCGCAUGAAUGGUUUGCUUGGCUUGUCUUCUACAGUGUUCCAGUGUUAAAAGGAAUUUUGCAAGAAAAAUAUUUCUUACACUGGUGUUUGUUUGUUGAAGGUAUUGCAAUCUUAACCAGUCAGAGCAUUAGUGAGGAACAGCUAUACCACUGUGAACGGGUAUUCAUUCAUUUUGUAGUCCUGACUGAAAAGCUGUAUGGUACAGAGCAUGUGAGUUACAAUGUUCACUGUACAUUGCAUCUUGUGAAAAGUGUACGGGACUGGGGCCAUUAUGGGCACACUCUGCUUUCCUUUAUGAGUCAUACAAUGGACAUUUGCUUGACAUGGUUAAAGGCACUCGGGCGGUUCCACUGCAAAUGUGUCGUAAGUUUCUGAUGGAACAAUCGCUUAAGAUGUUUAAAGAAAAGUUGCAUAACAUGCCAGCUGAAAAGUUGUUUCUUUCAUUCUGCUGUAAACAAACGCCAAUUUCAGGGAGCUGAUGAAGUAGACAACAUUACUGUGCUUGGUACACCAAAAAGAAAAAAACUGGAAAGGAAGUACUACCAUGCUUUACACAGUGUUGCAGAACAGGUACCAUCUGGUUUAUAUUUUAAGCAGUAUGACAGAAUAAUUGUGAAUGGUGAGAAUUCACUCUGAACAAUAUGGCAAACUGAAAAAGAGGAAUAGUUUCACAGUUUCUCUCAGAGAUGGGAAUUUUUUCAAAAUAGAGACAUUUGCUGUUGUCAAUCUUGGGAAUGGAGAGAAAUGUUAUGCAAUUGGAAGGUACAUGACUGUAAUCCGAAACAGUUUCUGCAAUGAUGAUGUAUCACGCAUAACUUUGAGCCAUAUAAAACGCAUCCUUUCCAAAUUGACACCUUGUUGCUGUAGAAAGCCGUGCAAUUCAAAGAAAAUGUGUACAUGUGCAUCUUCCUAGAGAAAGCCUUAAUUAUGUUUGUGAAAUGCCCAAUAAUGUUGAGUGCUGCAAAUAAACAGAUUUUAUUCCAAAGAAGGCAGAUACAGUAAAACAUCAGAAUUUUAUACUUUUACCGGGAGUAAAUCAAAACUUUGACUUAUCCGCUAAACCUGUAGUUAAUACCGUUUUCAGUUCUCGUAAAAUUUCACUCUCUUCUACUUGUAAAAACAUUAAAUUCUGAGUUGGUUUUGGCCAUUAACGGGUAGGUCAGUUUUCUUUUUUCUUGAUUGGUUUAAUUGUUUAAUAAGCUGGAUAAUUAAAAUCUAUCUAGACCCCCAAAUAUUUUAUAGACAAUUUUUGUCUUGAAUGAACAGAACACUGUAUAAAAUACCUUGAGAAAACAAUUGUGUAAAUAGUAAUAUAAAUUACAUAAUUAGGAACAGACAUUGCUGCCCUUCAGGAGCUCAGUUACUCAGUACAAUGUCUGGAAAGCUCAUGAGUGGUUUGCUUGACUUGGUUUCUACAGUAUUCCAGUGUAAAAAUUGGCUUUUGCAAGAAAAUAUUAGGCUAGUAUCUGCUUGUUGAAGGUGUUGCAAUCUUAACCAGUCAGAGCAUUAGUGAGGAACAGCUUUACCACUGUGAACAGUUUUUUUUUUUUUUCAUUUUGUAGUCCUGACUGAAAAGCUGUAUGGUAAAGAGCAUGUAGGUUACAAUGUUCUUUGAGUUAUACAAUGGACAUUUGCUUGACAUGAUUUAAGGCACUAAGGUGGUUCCCAGGUCUUCACCCAGUUGCGGAUUGAAAGGUGUCUAUAAAACCUGGUGUAGAACAUAUAUUAAUUAUAUAAAAUAUAUAUUUGUAAAUAUGUUUGAUACAUGUAGAAUGUAUAGAAUACAUGUAGAAUGUAUGCCCUUAAAACGAUGUAUUCUUGCUUUAUCUGUUUAGAAAACUAGCACCUAUU